ACGGAUCAGUGAGUAGCUUUGCAGCACACAAGCAGAAUCAGACACAAAGGCACCGUAACUAAAUCGAAUCGUUUGGGCAACUCAUUCUUAACGCCACAAUCGUCAGUGAAACUAAUCGUAGCAAUGGCAGGAAAUUUGGAAGAUCGUGAAAUCUGGGAAGAUUCGGAGGAGGCGCUCGGUGAGGAGGUUCUCCGGAUGCCAACCGAUGAGCUGGUCAAUCGCACCCGGCUGAUGGACAACGAGAUCAAAAUAAUGAAAAGCGAGGUGGUCCGCAUCAAUCACGAGCUACAGACGCAGAAUGAGAAAAUUAAGGACAACACGGAGAAGAUAAAGGUGAACAAAACGCUGCCGUACUUGGUGUCGAACGUGAUCGAGCUGCUGGAUGUUGAUCCGCAGGAGGAGGAAGAUGACGGUGCGGUGGUGGUGCUGGAUUCGCAGCGGAAGGGCAAGUGUGCGGUUAUCAAAACGUCCACCCGUCAGACGUACUUUCUGCCGGUGAUUGGGCUGGUCGAUUCGGAGAAGUUGAAACCGGGUGAUCUGGUCGGGGUGAACAAAGACUCGUACCUGAUACUGGAAACGUUACCGGCCGAGUAUGAUGCGCGCGUGAAAGCGAUGGAAGUGGACGAACGGCCAACGGAACAGUACUCGGAUAUCGGAGGACUGGACAAGCAGAUACAGGAGCUGAUCGAAGCGGUCGUCCUGCCGAUGACGCACAAGGACAAGUUUAAGAACCUUGGCAUCCAUCCGCCGAAGGGUGUGCUGCUGUACGGACCGCCCGGUACGGGUAAAACGCUACUAGCCCGUGCCUGUGCCGCACAGACCAAAUCCACCUUUCUCAAGCUGGCCGGACCCCAGCUGGUACAGAUGUUCAUCGGUGACGGUGCGAAGCUGGUGCGGGAUGCGUUUGCACUAGCAAAAGAAAAAUCACCCGCCAUCAUCUUCAUCGACGAGUUGGACGCGAUCGGUACGAAGCGUUUCGACUCAGAGAAGGCUGGAGAUCGUGAGGUGCAGCGUACCAUGCUGGAGCUACUGAAUCAGCUCGAUGGGUUUAGUUCGACCGCCGACAUUAAGGUAAUUGCCGCCACGAACAGAGUGGACAUACUCGAUCCUGCUCUGUUGCGUUCCGGACGACUCGACCGAAAGAUUGAAUUUCCCCACCCGAACGAGGAAGCCCGGGCCCGUAUUAUGCAGAUUCAUUCCCGCAAGAUGAACGUCAGCCCGGACGUCAACUUUGAGGAGCUUGCCCGCUCGACGGACGACUUUAACGGUGCCCAGUGUAAGGCGGUGUGCGUGGAAGCCGGCAUGAUUGCACUACGCCGUUCGGCCGUGUCCGUCAUACACGAAGACUUCAUGGACGCGAUCAUGGAGGUGCAGUCGAAAAAGAAGGCCAAUCUGAAUUACUUUGCCUAAUCGAGCCAAUUUAGUUUUAACAUUUAAACUGUUUCUUUCCUUGCAUAAUUAAUCGUCGAGUUUUCAAAAUAAUCGUGAAAACUCGUGAAAAUAUAAUUGGUUUGAGAUUCAGUCACUUCGUUGGACUCACUCCUUAUGAAAUUUGUUUUUGCUGGCUUUGUGUAUUCUUUUUUUUUUUAAACAAUCCGUUCUCUAUAAAAUACCAACAGCACUGUAACAAAUAAUUAAAUUCUUAUUCUUUUCCACUUUGAUUAACUUGCAGUAUAAAGAAAUUGAAAUAAAGUAGUUGGAUGUGUAAGUUAAAACAUACAGAGGUGAAAGUAUUUCGGAGUAUACAAAAUACAACAGAUUAAAAACAAACCACA